AUCUCUUGCAGUAAUUACUUUUCUAUCUUGCCUCGUAAUCGUAUUUACGUUUACAUCGUGUGACAUGUGGGAUCAAGUUAAGAUCAAAAGAAAAUUUAUGGGAAAAGAUUUUUAAAUUGGAGAAGUUUAAAUGAUCGAAAGGAAAAACGAUCAACUGUGCGUGUGACGAAUAUAGUGAAGAAAAUGAUCGAACCAUCCGACAAGAAAUUGCUUUACAACACCGUAUUGUCACAGACAUUCUCACCCGAUGGAAAUUAUCUUUUAGCUGGCAAUAUUUAUGGAGAUGUAUCAGUAUUUGAUCUGUUGAAGGUCUUAGGGCCCAAUAAGGUAGAAGAGAAUGAGUUACAAGGACCUAAUUAUCGCUUUGCUGCGCACCCUGAACAAGAAGUUGCAUGUAUGCUCUCUGUGGAGAAUUUUCUUGUGACAGGAACACGUGGUGAAAUAGCGGGUUGGGACUGGAAAGUGAUUACAUCAAAUAAAGCUCCUAAGAGUAAAGUUUCUUGGAACAUACAAAUUCCUGCUAAUAAAGACAGUUAUGAUAAGCCAGAUAUAAAUUAUAUGGUACAUUCAAAAGUGGAUAAUUUAUUAUAUGUUGGCUGUGGUGAUAAUAAUAUUUAUGUUAUAAGCUUAGAGGAUAGAAAGAUUCUGAGAAGUAUGCAGGGCCAUACCGAUUACAUUCAUUGUCUUGCCAUAAUGGAUAAUCAGCUUGCCUCCUGCAGUGAAGAUGGUUCUGUGAGAUUAUGGGAUUUGCGUAAGAGAGAAAACACUAACAUACUAACACCACAUUUAAUAGAUAAAGUUGCUCGACCACGAUAUGGAAAAUGGAUUGGCGCUGUUGAUUUUACAGAAGAUUGGUUGUUAUGUGGUGGUGGACCUAGUCUGUCGUUAUGGCAUAUGCGCACGAUGGAAGUAGCGACAGUUUUUGAUUUGGCUGAUCAAGGAAUUCAUGUAGCAGAAAUUUACGAGGAACGCGUGAUCGCCGGUGGUGCAACUGAUCACGUUCAUCACAUGACAUAUCAAGGCGAAAUUCUUGCUAAAGUUCCUACUUCGAGUCUCACCGUCUAUAGUGUGGUGCAUCAAGAAACACCACACAAGAUGCUCAGUGUUGCUGGCUCCUCAAAUUGCAUUGAUAUCAGUACAAAUUUCAAUUAUCGCGAGAUGACGCUCAAGUUUGCAUAAUUAUUAGAAUGAAUUAAAGCUAUCUUUAUGUGUAUUUUAUACUUUUAAUAAAAAAAAAUAUAAAUGUGAAUUGCAUUUUUGCUAAAAAAUGGAAAUUAACUUCCUGGAGAGAAAGUUUCGAUUGUUUUCUAAAUAAUUCGGAUGGAUGUAGUAGUAGGUAUAAUUAGUGCCAGAUUUGCAAUCUUUUAAAUAAAUAUAUUAAUAAAGUGUA